AUGCGCCCGGCUCUCCUUCGAUUAUUGAAGAGACCGUCCGCCGUUUCGGUUCUCGACUCUCUAAUAUCGACGUCCACCGGAAUCGAGCAACUGGAGUCCAAAUAUAAAUGUUUACGAUGCAGCUCGCGGAAGGCACACCAAAAUGCGGGCGUUCGGCGAUGCGAGGUCGAGCAACCCGGCAGCAACGAAUCUCCUACGCGUCUUAAUCCAUCAUCGACCUCACGCCCAUUCAGCUUCCAAGUAUCUUCAGUCGCUGAAAAAGACACCUCUUUGCCCUUGGAUCUACAGCCUGACAAGUUAUCCUUCGAAUCGGAUAUCGGCCACACCCAGGACAUCGGUACUCGCCUUGUUGACGAUCCUUCCCACCGACAGAGGUUGGAUCUCUGGGAGCAGCUGCUUCGCUAUCGGCAGCGACACUAUGGAGACCGAGGAACACUGGAUAUCUGGGUGGCUCUGACGGACCGAGUGGAUGGUGUCGAUCUCCCCGUAGUCGGGGAACAAGCCGAUCUCUUCUGGCACAGUUUCAUUGACCUGGGACUCAAGCGGGAAGUCAUCAUGGGGGAGGUGUUGGCCUAUGCACUGGAGCUUUGGAAGAGGACUGGAAGCCGAUGGGACAAAUUUUACGAAGUGGUCGUUGGUGGAUACCUCGAACGAGCCCUUACUAUGUCCAAUGAAUCGACGAAAAUUGUCCUAGCAACGACGGCCACACGACGCUCUGUGUCUCCUGGCAUUAGCGCUUUCAAGAACAUAUGCCGGCUCACGGAAGGUCACCAGAUAUAUGGCUGUGCCAUCUCACGGCUGUUGCAAAUGGGUCGUGUUGAGGAUGCACUUUCGUUGCAUUCGUUUUUGGUUGAGAGGCAUGACCAUCCGCAAACCUACGAGGAGAUCCGACCUCUGCUCCGAUGUGCGAAGGAGCUCAAGCCGAGAAAGUUCUACGAGAAACUCCAGGCUUACAGCAAGGAUCGCUUCCCCGACCGAGCGGCGUCGGCCGAGGAAAGUGGCCCGGCUAAAGAAGACGAUACACGAGAGUCCAGCGGAAAAGCCUGGCUUCAAGAAAAGCCUUUCAAGGAUGAACUGGGCGCACGGCUCUUCGCCACCAAAGCCCUUACUCUCGAGACAACCAUCGCGGGAUUACGAAUGUUCGGUGUACAAGCUAUUGGGCCGCAGUCUUUGCGAGAAAUGGCUAUUCGGGCUCAAGGGAGCCAGGACCUUGUAGCUCGAUUGCGAGAACUUCAGAGAGCGGGCAUCUCUAUUGGCGAUUCAGUUUUCGCACGACUAAUCCGUAGACUUGCCUCGGAAAAUCGCGACAUACUUCUAUCGGACUUACUCCACAGCGAUCAGCAUCCCGACGUACUGGAAGAUGCUGGUAUGCAAGAGUCGCUGUUGAUAUCGUACUAUAUCGCUCGCGACUGGCGUCCAUAUAACAUGACGCUUGCCAUACUUGGAGAAAUAUUUGACGACAGGUCUAAACUGUUCAAUAUCCACUUUCGCAAGUUCAUCGCCUCGGGAGAAUGGGCAUCUGCGUCCAAGGUGGUGGAUGAAAUGACACUAAGCGGUCAGAAACUUGCCCAAGAAAGCGUGGACUUUAUGGUCAAGCAUACUCUCACUCCGCGUCGACCAGGAGUCGGGCCGGUCCAAGGGACAGAUCUCUCAUCCAACAAUGAAGUCUCUUUUGUUUUCCGUGUUUUGCAGCGCGCCGUUCCCAUGGGCACAUCCGUGUCUCCUGGUCUCUGGAUUGAGAUGUUGAAACGACUCGGGAUGACCAAUCACUGGGAUGAGCUUCGCGGAUGCUGUCUUUGGCUUGCUCGCCAAUAUUCUGGUGCCCCAAAACCGAGCGAUGCAGCUUCUCUCAUCAUAACUUCGACAGAGGGGUCAAGGCGUGAAGCUGGCGGUGUACCUCUGGGUGAUGGCGACCGAAUGUUGCAAGCUGUCUUUAGCAAAAACAUGCAGGCUGCUAUUGUCGCGUGGGGAUUCAAAAUGCGAGUAUCCCCAAAUCCCAAUCAUAAAGGUUAUCGUGCCCUAGGACUUGAAAACCUUGUACCCUGGGUACGAGGUUUAGUACUUCUACGCGAACUGGAGCACAACGGUAUCCGUCUUUGGCGCAGCUGGAUUCGUCGGGCCUGCCGACAUCGCUUGGCUGUUCUUUACGGCCACUCAAGGCAUUCCAGCCGACACAUGAAUCGACUCGGUGUCCUAGCACUUCUCCCUUUGACAUCCGCAACGGCGCUGCUUCCUCGGGAAACAGCAUGCAAUAACUCUCCAAGUCUCUGCUCAAAGUCCUAUGGAGAAAUUACACAUUUGGGGGCGCACGAUAGUCCGUUCGUACGAGAUGCAUCGACCGGCUAUUCGACCGCAGCGAACCAAUACUACAACACCACUUUACAGCUAGACGCUGGUGUUCGCAUGGUAACGGCGCAAGUCCAUUCACAAGACUCGGAGUGGCACCUGUGCCAUUCGAGUUGUGAGCUGCUGGACGCGGGGAAAUUGAGCACAUGGUUAAAAGAGAUCAAGAGCUGGUUAGACUCGAAUCCAAAUGAUGUCGUGACGGUUUUGCUCGUCAACUCUGAUAGCGCCUCUGCCUCCGAUCUGAAUUCCGAAUUCGAAACUGCAGGAAUAGUCGACUACGCAUAUAAACCCUCCUCCUCAUCCGCACCGAGCUCGUGGCCUACCUUGCAGACUUUGAUCAAUAACGGGACUCGGUUGAUGGUCUUUGUGGCGUCGUUGGACUCCAACACAGAUGCCCCUUACCUUAUGGACGAGUUCUCUUUAAUAUGGGAGUCACCAUAUCAAGUGACAUCGCCGUCGAACUUCUCCUGCAAUCCCGACCGGCCGACCAGCGUUAAGAAUGAUCUUUCCGCUGCGCUCUCAUCCAACCGCCUGCCCUUGAUGAACCACUUCCUGUAUGCCACAACCAUCCUGAAUAUUGAGUAUCCCAACUCCACCUACGUGUCGACCACAAACGCCCCCUCCGGCGGAGUGGGGAAUCUAGGAGACACCGCGACGAAGUGCCGAAGCGCCUACGGCCGUCAGCCAGCCUUUAUCUUGGUGGAUUUCUUUGACAAGGGCCCAGCCAUCGAUACUGUGGAUAAUCUGAAUAACGUCACCUCGCCUGUUGGGCGCACCAACCUCACAACAAGCUCGAGCACGACCGCGACCACACAAACGAGCUCUGCCUCGACCUACUCGAACGUCUUCAAGGGUUUGGUUGAGCUAGUACAGCAGGCAAAGUCGGGCGCGAAUCCCGGUAUGGGCGACUGGGUUUGGGUUGGGGGAGACUGGGGAAGUUUGCUCGGCGGCGGUAUAACACUGUAG